AUUCCUCAAACGGUCACAUUGAAUAGAACUCGCUGAUUGUAUUUGGUGCGUGUGUUUUGUGUGCGUGUGUGUGAUUUUCAGCUUUCAGUCGUUUUUUUUUUAGUUAAUCCAUCGCAGAAAAGACAAUAACAUAUUAGUGACAUACAUUAAACGUGUACACGAAAGUAGUGAUGUCAUUAUCAAGUCUUCUGCCCGCACCGACCAAUGCGGUAUGGGAUCGCGAAGACGAGCGUCGCUUGGCAGCCAAAGGGGCUCCAAUGAUUGGUGCUCUGGUGUCCGCCAAAGUUGCAGCACCACCUUACGGCCAGCGCAAGGACUGGAUACCACGCACAGAGGCUGACUUUGGCGACGGUGGCGCAUUCCCCGAAAUACACGUUGCCCAGUAUCCCCUAGGUCUCGGGGCCCCUGCUAAUGUUGGCAAGAAGUCGGAAGCGCUCGCCGUGCGUCUGGAUGACAACGGCAAAGUGAAAUAUGAUGCGAUUGCUCGCCAGGGACAUGGUAAGGACAAAAUUGUCUACUCUUCGAUAACGCAGCUGUUGCCCGCCGAGGUGCUCGCUGAAGAUGCGGACGAGCUACAGCGACCGGACGAGGAAACGGUUAACGAGACAACCGAGGAGACACGUCUGGCCCUGGAGAAACUCACAAACCAAAAGAUCACCUCAGCUCUACCCGUGCGACAUGCACAAAAAGCAGCGCCCGCACAAUACAUCCGAUACACGCCAUCGCAGCAGGGGGAUGCCUUCAAUUCUGGAGCCAAACAGCGUGUCAUUCGAAUGGUGGAGGCACAGCUGGAUCCAAUGGAACCGCCAAAGUUUCGCAUUAACAAGAAGAUACCACGUGGACCGCCGUCGCCACCAGCGCCAGUGUUGCACUCGCCGUCACGUAAGGUGACAGUCAAGGAGCAGAAAGAAUGGAAAAUACCGCCCUGCAUAUCUAACUGGAAGAACGCCAAAGGUUACACCAUACCACUGGACAAGCGCUUGGCCGCCGAUGGACGCGGCCUGCAACAGGUUCACAUCAACGAAAAGUUCGCUAAGAUGGCCGAGGCUCUCUACAUUGCCGAUCGAAAGGCACGCGAGGCUGUCGAGGCGCGGGCUCAGCUGGAGAAGAAGCUGGCACAGAAGGAGAAGGAAAAGAAGGAGGAUAUGCUGCGCAUGAUGGCGCAACGGGCACGCGAGGAACGCGCCGGUCUACGCAAUCCAGAGCCAGAUGCCCCCAGUGGUGGUGGUCUCGGCGGCAAUGCUAGUAAUCCGGAUGCACGCGAGCGCAACGAUCUCCGUGCCGAACGGCAGCGCGAGCGUCAACGCGAUCGCAAUUUGCAACGUGCCGCGCCAGAAAAACGCACCAAGCUGCAGCGCGAACGGGAGCGUGACAUAUCUGAGCAGAUUGCCCUUGGCUUGCCGGCGAAGAGCGCCGGGAAUGGUGAGACCCUGUUCGAUCAGCGUCUGUUCAAUACCACAAAAGGCAUGGACUCUGGCUAUGGCGACGAUGAGGCUUACAAUGUGUAUGACAAGCCAUGGCGCGAUUCCAACACCCUGGGCGCCCACAUCUACAGACCGAGCAAGCAGGCGGAUAGUGACAACUAUGGCGGGGAUUUGGAUACAAUUGUUAAUACGAAACGCUUUGUGCCGGAUAAACAAUUCUCUGGUGCUGGUUCGCGGGAUCCGGGCUCCGCUCAGCGUAGCGGCCCAGUGGAGUUUGAGAAGGAGGAAGAUCCCUUUGGUCUGGACAAGUUCUUGAACAUGGCCAAGAAAGCUCCCAAGCGUGCCGACGAAAAGAAUGAUCGCGGCUCACACUCGGAGCGCAAGCGAAGCCGACGUGACUAGCAUGGCGGACUCUAAGAAGUUGCUGCAGUUCCCUUAAAAAAAUACAAUCCCCAAACUUUUGGCAAAUACAUUCAUUUAUAUCAAUCAACAA